UGCUUUCCGUUAUUUCUUUCGAUUACAGAGUCAUGAAUUCAGCAAGGAACCUUCGCUUCAGUGGGUUCUCAACUCGAUCGAGGGCAAUUUAUCGGCGGUAGCCGGCGAGCAGUACCACAAGAUCCGCUCUGCACUCUGGUCCACGAUCGAGGAUGAGAUUUCCCUCAACGACUGCGAUAUCUACAGCUACAAUCCAGAUCUGAACUCGGAUCCAUUCGGAGAGCCGGGCUGUCUGUGGUCGUUCAACUAUUUCUUCUACAACAAGAAACUGAAGCGCAUCGUCUUCUUCACCUGCCGGGCCAUCAACUCGGUUUAUGCUGACUCUGGAUUCAGUAGUGACUUUGCAAUGGAGGACGAUGAAUGCUACUAAAAGGAAAGAAAGAAGAAAAAACAGUAACGCAACAGCAACUCUUUCCAGCAGUAUUUGGUAGGGUUCUGGCGGAUUUAUUUAUAUUUUCAACUAUUUACGCAAUUUGUUUAUUAGAUCACUUUUUUUAUUAAGGGGCAGGAUAUUUUUCGUGUUACUAUUUAGGGGCUUUCCGUUACAUGUAGAAAUUUGACAUACAAUUUUUAUUUCACGACUUUUUUUUGCUACAUCAUGUCACAUCAGAAAAGGUUUGUUUUUCUUCUAGGAUCGUUCGUUUAGUAAGUGACCCGAUUAUUAUCUUCAGUGUUAGAAACAUUAACUUGCAUCAACAAACCUUGAAAUACUUGAAAAAUUGUGAAGCUAAACAGUAAUAAUCAACUUAACUAACAAGUUUGUCCCCUUUACUACAGAAUACAUAGUACUAAGACCAAAUGAAAUGAAAUAUGUUAUUGAUAAAAAAAAAUAGCUUGAAAAAAAGCGAAAAUACAUUUUGAACAAUUUUUUGUAACACACCACACAGCACAGCACCGUUACGUGAAGGCAGGUGAGAGCUGCGAAGUGAGAAUUGACGUAACCGUGAGUGCGCGAUGCCGGCAAUGUGUAGCCAACUGGAACAGCAAACAAAGGGUUUUCUAGAUAUUUAAGGGCAUACCUAUGAUGCGAGCAUACACUCAACGGACUCUCUGGUAGAAACGCUCGCACGCAAUAUCCGUACGAUGAUGGUAUGAAAAACUAUGACUGUUAAAACUACCCAGGCCAGAGAUACGUACAUACAUACAUACACGACUAUUACUAAAUAGACAAACGACGUUUGCUAGACUGCAGUGGAGCGAAAUUUAGAUGCUUUUCAGGAACUUAGCAUAAAACAGAACAAAUAUAAAACAUGAAAAAUGAAACACAAAAAAAAUCAUACUAGACGUAAGCGUGAAAGAUAUUCGAUAUGAUGCACCUGAAAGAUUGCUAAAUUCCGUCCCAGCCUGCAGUCGCCAGUUGGUGAGAUUGCCCCUGUUUUUGGUGGCUAACGAGUUGCUUUUCUUGUGCCAAACGGAUUCGGGCGGUUGGAGAAGGAGACAGUUAAAUUUGAGACAAAUUAAUCUGCGGUAAAAAUAUAGCAAAUUCAAACAAAAAAAAAUAUACACAGAAAAGCUUCACCCUAGGAGGAUGAAAGGUCACCGAAGACCGAAUCGCUCCUAGCGUGGAUAUUCGUUGGUCACCAUCAACAGUAUUCUAGUACACUCAGUAGGAUAGGGCGGUAAGAUCUUUGUCGUCCGUCACCGAACCGCGGUGGCAGAGCCGCAUGUGAGAACUAUUUUAUUGACUGUACUCUGUGAUAUUAGUUUGUAAGGAAAACCAGUAAAAGAGGCAACAAUUCUAUAUUAGCCUGGUAAAUGUACUUUUAAGAAGUUUUUGCGAUUUAACUGAAUGUGAAUUUUCUCUAUUUUUUUUUUUUUUUAUUUCCCCAAGCAAUUUUUUUAAUAAACCUUACAGUGAACUAAUAUUGGUUUGAUCCUCCGACGGUGGUGAACCAGAACUAGCGAGAGUGUUUCAUUACUCCGAGAAAGGGGGGAAGCGAGGACAUCACUCAUUUUAACGUCAUCAUCAUCAAUUGCUGAAGUACAAAUUACAUGUUGUGAUAAGUAGCUUUAGAAAUUAUUUGUCAAGGGUGUCCUCGGGUUCGGUUUGAUAGCCUCCAUCUGCUGUCCGUAUCAUGCGGAUGUCUGGACGAUCAUCUUUGUUUUGCAUAUUCAUUGUUUUUUUUAAGUAUCUGACGACUAGAGAUUUUAUUCAGGAAUAAGGUUUGUAUCACAGAAAACUGUCAUACACGGAAUACAUCGUAGAUUUUAUUUUACCAAAAUGAUUUCUACGCAGUUAGGUUCUGGUUCUCGUCAAAUGAGGGCUUAGAGAAGAAAAAAACAAAAAAAAAAGUAUCCUGAUGAAUGUGGAAUACCUGUAUAAAGAAAGAGAUAGAAGGAUUAGUAAUUUCCAUUUAAUUCCACUACUUUAAUUGCUUAUCCUUGACAGAUACGCGUAUUUCGUCUACAAUGUGCAGACUUCUUCAGUGUCUUGUACUAAUACUCGACUGGUAGAGGAAUUAAAUGGAAAUUACUAAUCCUUCUCUCUCUCUCUCUCUUUAUAUAUAUAUCAAAAAGAAGUUAUUUGUCGAAGAAAGCAAUUCUCGGCCAAAUGCUCUAGUUCUCUUGGUUGAAAAAUAGUCCCAAAAGGUACAGUGUACAGAUUUACUGUGAAGCAGUCUCUAUUCCCAUGAGCUAGGAAAGCCACAUAUGAGAUAAUAUCGUUUAGGCGUCAUUAAUAUGAUCGGCACAGAUGGAUUUGCACAACGGUUUCUGGUUCACACCUAGUAAAAAAUGCUUUAAUUUUUGCCUAUUUUCAGUUACUUUUAAAAGUUAGAAAACCGCAAGUUUAAAAUCUCGAUACCAGCGGUAUGAAUCAUUUUUGUCUUAGUCUAAGAAUUUCAGUAUAAAAAUUCAACUGAAACCACACCAUGAGAGCAACAGAGUGCACUAGCCUCAUGCAAGCCAACACACAGCAUAAAGCAACCCUCGCAAAAACUACCAUACGAUACCAAUAGCAGUCCGAGACGUUCAAAGCCUUUCAGAGUCAUAUUCAGCAACAUGCAGGCAUGAGUCACAUGCCGCUGUAUUACCCCUAAACCAACCGGUCCACCACCAAAACCAUCAGCGCUGUUGAUACAUGUCUGCACGCGAGUGUGGCACGUUUUUUCUACGACUGGAAGCAAUGCCGACAACCUAGCAGCUAACAGAAAGUGCUUUAUCGAUACACGAAGCACCAUCAUGCGCCGGUCAACCACACCGGUUUACGAUUUCACUUUUUUUGCGUUAUCAUAUAAACAUCCAAGUAAGCUGAAUUUGCUUUUCAAAACUCAACGCCUACUGUUUCUUAUAUCGUCCGGAUUGCCAACUGUAGCAGUAAAAUUAAUAUCGUACACCAAUCCUAAACACAAUAUGAUCUCAUAUUUCUAUUGUAAACCUAAAUAGAAACACGCGCACGAUCCCAUCGUGAGAGGCACACGUGAGAAUGGUUGUGUCUGUCGCAACGAACGGGAAAAAAACCAUAACCGUUCCAUCGGUUGGUAUAAAUGACUCAAGUCAUCAUAAAUACGUACCUGCACAAUAAUCUCGGGACGGGACGAGACGAUAAGAAACAGCUUGUUUCCCUGCUGCUGCUGAUAAGGACCGGUUAUUUUUUAGCAAACAGGGCACCUGUGGGCGAAUGUGCAACCUGAAUCGUCUCGACUCUCGUUGCUGCAUCGGUAGGAAAUAGUCCACGGCAUGAACUCAUUUAAAUGUAUCUUCCCAGGUCCAAAAAGCUCCCAUGCUGAGGUCUGAUGUCAUUCAAAUUGCGACCAUUGGCACUAUUCAAUUGAAAAGCGUUGUUUGCGUGUUGGCUACAUUUUAAAGUUUUAAAUUUUAGUGACUAACUUUUUUUGUUUGGUAUUGCAUAACAUAUAUUUAAAAAGAAAACAACCAAGAUCUAUAUUUUAGCGACGUAAAGAAUAGUAACUUCAAUGUGCACACACACACACACACCCCGACCAUCAUUACGGGAAGGGGGGUAAAUUUUGAUCAUAGAAAAGUUAUCGAAACAGUUAUGUAUAGCAUUAACAAAAUGAUGUUGAAUGAAAAAAGCUAAAUAUAAACAGAAAACAUUAGUAAACAUACCUUGUUGUUUUAAAUGAUAAAGAAAAUAAUUCUCUUUGAUUCGAUUGCAUCUUUUUACUGGAAAAAUUACACAUCAUAUUACUGAAAAUUUAAGAGAUAAUAAAAAGUAAAUAGGAAAAGCA